AUGUACUUUGUCGACGCCCGCAGCGAGGCGGACGACGCCAACGCCAACGACCGGCGGCGUCCGAUCGCUGCCAAGCGUUCGCGCUGCGAGGCGCCGCGUGGCCUCGUACCGGGGCAGCUUCGGAGCCUCGAGCCAGUCGCGCGCCGCCUGCCCAAACCGCAAGCCGUCAUUCGACACGAGCCCAUCGACUACAUUGCGCUGCGACGGACGCGCUCCAGCACGCAAGCGCUCUUGCGCAACCGCGAGCUUUUGGCUCGCGAGAUCCUCGCACCCGAG